AUGAGACGGAGACGGAGGAGAGCAGUCAUCCCGACGACGCCCGCUACGGAUGGUCGUGCUGUGAGUGUGACGGAGCAAGCUGGCACGGUGCCAGGCGAGUCGGUGAAGACGGAGGUGUUCCGCUCGGAGAGACCGGACGGCAGCAUCGUGACCAAGACGGUCCGCACCACGACUUGGACCAAGAAGUGUACGAAUGGCGAUCUCGUGACGACGACUGAGGUGGAAACGACGACUGAAACGGAAUCCCCGGACGGCACGACAAGCACUACGGUGGCGAUGGAGACCUGCGAAGAGACGGAGACGGAGGAGAGCAGUCUCCCAACGACGCCCGCCACGGAUGGUUCUGCUGUGAGUGUGACGGAGCAAGCUGGCACAGUGCCAGGCGAGUCGGUGAAGACGGAGGUGUUCCGCUCGGAGAGACCGGACGGCAGCAUCGUGACCAAGACGGUCCGCACCACGACUUGGACCAAGAAGUGUACGAAUGGCGAUCUCGUGACGACGACUGAGGUGGAAACGACGACUGAAACGGAAUCCCCGGACGGCACGACAAGCACUACGGUGGCGAUGGAGACCUGCGAAGAGACGGAGACGGAGGAGAGCAGUCUUCCAACGACGCCCGCCACGGAUGGUCCUGCUGUGAGUGUGACGGAGCAAGCUGGCACGGUGCCAGGCGAGUCGGUGAAGACGGAGGUGUUCCGCUCGGAGAGACCGGACGGCAGCAUCGUGACCAAGACGGUCCGCACCACGACUUGGACCAAGAAGUGUACGAAUGGCGAUCUCGUGACGACGACUGAGGUGGAAACGACGACUGAAACGGAAUCCCCGGACGGCACGACAAGCACUACGGUGGCGAUGGAGACCUGCGAUGAGACGGAGACGGAGGAGAGCAGCGAGUCGGUGAAGACGGAGGUGUUCCGCUCGGAGAGACCGGACGGCAGCAUCGUGACCAAGACGGUCCGCACCACGACUUGGACCAAGAAGUGUACGAAUGGCGAUCUCGUGACGACGACUGAGGUGGAAACGACGACUGAAACGGAAUCCCCGGACGGCACGACAAGCACUACGGUGGCGAUGGAGACCUGCGAUGAGACGGAGACGGAGGAGAGCAGUCUCCCGACGACGCCCGCUACGGAUGGUCCUGCUGUGAGUGUGACGGAGCAAGCUGGCACGGUGCCAGGCGAGUCGGUGAAGACGGAGGUGUUCCGCUCGGAGAGACCGGACGGCAGCAUCGUGACCAAGACGGUCCGCACCACGACUUGGACCAAGAAGUGUACGAAUGGCGAUCUCGUGACGACGACUGAGGUGGAAACGACGACUGAAACGGAAUCCCCGGACGGCACGACAAGCACUACGGUGGCGAUGGAGACCUGCGAAGAGACGGAGACGGAGGAGAGCAGCGAGUCGGUGAAGACGGAGGUGUUCCGCUCGGAGAGACCGGACGGCAGCAUCGUGACCAAGACGGUCCGCACCACGACUUGGACCAAGAAGUGUACGAAUGGCGAUCUCGUGACGACGACUGAGGUGGAAACGACGACUGAAACGGAAUCCCCGGACGGCACGACAAGCACUACGGUGGCGAUGGAGACCUGCGAAGAGACGGAGACGGAGGAGAGCAGUCUCCCAACGACGCCCGCCACGGACGGUUCUGCUGUGAGUGUGACGGAGCAAGCUGGCACAGUGCCAGGCGAGUCGGUGAAGACGGAGGUGUUCCGCUCGGAGAGACCGGACGGCAGCAUCGUGACCAAGACGGUCCGCACCACGACUUGGACCAAGAAGUGUACGAAUGGCGAUCUCGUGACGACGACUGAGGUGGAAACGACGACUGAAACGGAAUCCCCGGACGGCACGACAAGCACUACGGUGGCGAUGGAGACCUGCGAAGAGACGGAGACGGAGGAGAGCAGUCUUCCGACGACGCCCGCUACGGAUGGUCCUGCUGUGAGUGUGACGGAGCAAGCUGGCACGGUGCCAGGCGAGUCGGUGAAGACGGAGGUGUUCCGCUCGGAGAGACCGGACGGCAGCAUCGUGACCAAGACGGUCCGCACCACGACUUGGACCAAGAAGUGUACGAAUGGCGAUCUCGUGACGACGACUGAGGUGGAAACGACGACUGAAACGGAAUCCCCGGACGGCACGACAAGCACUACGGUGGCGAUGGAGACCUGCGAAGAGACGGAGACGGAGGAGAGCAGUCUCCCGACGACGCCCGCUACGGAUGGUCCUGCUGUGAGUGUGACGGAGCAAGCUGGCACGGUGCCAGGCGAGUCGGUGAAGACGGAGGUGUUCCGCUCGGAGAGACCGGACGGCAGCAUCGUGACCAAGACGGUCCGCACCACGACUUGGACCAAGAAGUGUACGAAUGGCGAUCUCGUGACGACGACUGAGGUGGAAACGACGACUGAAACGGAAUCCCCGGACGGCACGACAAGCACUACGGUGGCGAUGGAGACCUGCGAAGAGACGGAGACGGAGGAGAGCAGUCUUCCAACGACGCCCGCCACGGACGGUCCUGCUGUGAGUGUGACGGAGCAAGCUGGCACGGUGCCAGGCGAGUCGGUGAAGACGGAGGUGUUCCGCUCGGAGAGACCGGACGGCAGCAUCGUGACCAAGACGGUCCGCACCACGACUUGGACCAAGAAGUGUACGAAUGGCGAUCUCGUGACGACGACUGAGGUGGAAACGACGACUGAAACGGAAUCCCCGGACGGCACGACAAGCACUACGGUGGCGAUGGAGACCUGCGAUGAGACGGAGACGGAGGAGAGCAGUCAUCCGACGACGCCCGCUACGGAUGGUCCUGCUGUGAGUGUGACGGAGCAAGCUGGCACGGUGCCAGGCGAGUCGGUGAAGACGGAGGUGUUCCGCUCGGAGAGACCGGACGGCAGCAUCGUGACCAAGACGGUCCGCACCACGACUUGGACCAAGAAGUGUACGAAUGGCGAUCUCGUGACGACGACUGAGGUGGAAACGACGACUGAAACGGAAUCCCCGGACGGCACGACAAGCACUACGGUGGCGAUGGAGACCUGCGAUGAGACGGAGACGGAGGAGAGCAGUCUCCCAACGACGCCCGCCACGGAUGGUCCUGCUGUGAGUGUGACGGAGCAAGCUGGCACGGUGCCAGGCGAGUCGGUGAAGACGGAGGUGUUCCGCUCGGAGAGACCGGACGGCAGCAUCGUGACCAAGACGGUCCGCACCACGACUUGGACCAAGAAGUGUACGAAUGGCGAUCUCGUGACGACGACUGAGGUGGAAACGACGACUGAAACGGAAUCCCCGGACGGCACGACAAGCACUACGGUGGCGAUGGAGACCUGCGAAGAGACGGAGACGGAGGAGAGCAGUCUUCCGACGACGCCCGCCACGGAUGGUCCUGCUGUGAGUGUGACGGAGCAAGCUGGCACGGUGCCAGGCGAGUCGGUGAAGACGGAGGUGUUCCGCUCGGAGAGACCGGACGGCAGCAUCGUGACCAAGACGGUCCGCACCACGACUUGGACCAAGAAGUGUACGAAUGGCGAUCUCGUGACGACGACUGAGGUGGAAACGACGACUGAAACGGAAUCCCCGGACGGCACGACAAGCACUACGGUGGCGAUGGAGACCUGCGAAGAGACGGAGACGGAGGAGAGCAGUCUCCCAACGACGCCCGCCACGGACGGUUCUGCUGUGAGUGUGACGGAGCAAGCUGGCACAGUGCCAGGCGAGUCGGUGAAGACGGAGGUGUUCCGCUCGGAGAGACCGGACGGCAGCAUCGUGACCAAGACGGUCCGCACCACGACUUGGACCAAGAAGUGUACGAAUGGCGAUCUCGUGACGACGACUGAGGUGGAAACGACGACUGAAACGGAAUCCCCGGACGGCACGACAAGCACUACGGUGGCGAUGGAGACCUGCGAAGAGACGGAGACGGAGGAGAGCAGUCUUCCAACGACGCCCGCCACGGACGGUCCUGCUGUGAGUGUGACGGAGCAAGCUGGCACAGUGCCAGGCGAGUCGGUGAAGACGGAGGUGUUCCGCUCGGAGAGACCGGACGGCAGCAUCGUGACCAAGACGGUCCGCACCACGACUUGGACCAAGAAGUGUACGAAUGGCGAUCUCGUGACGACGACUGAGGUGAAAACGACGACUGAAACGGAAUCCCCGGACGGCACGACAAGCACUACGGUGGCGAUGGAGACCUGCGAAGAGACAGAGACGGAGGAGAGCAGUCAUCUGACGACGCCUGCUACGGAUGGUCCUGCUGUGAGUGUGACGGAGCAAGCUGGCACGGUGCCAGGCGAGUCGGUGAAGACGGAGGUGUUCCGCUCGGAGAGACCGGACGGCAGCAUCGUGACCAAGACGGUCCGCACCACGACUUGGACCAAGAAGUGUACGAAUGGCGAUCUCGUGACGACGACUGAGGUGGAAACGACGACUGAAACGGAAUCCCCGGACGGCACGACAAGCACUACGGUGGCGAUGGAGACCUGCGAUGAGACGGAGACGGAGGAGAGCAGUCUCCCGACGACGCCCGCUACGGAUGGUCCUGCUGUGAGUGUGACGGAGCAAGCUGGCACGGUGCCAGGCGAGUCGGUGAAGACGGAGGUGUUCCGCUCGGAGAGACCGGACGGCAGCAUCGUGACCAAGACGGUCCGCACCACGACUUGGACCAAGAAGUGUACGAAUGGCGAUCUCGUGACGACGACUGAGGUGGAAACGACGACUGAAACGGAAUCCCCGGACGGCACGACAAGCACUACGGUGGCGAUGGAGACCUGCGAAGAGACGGAGACGGAGGAGAGCAGUCUCCCGACGACGCCCGCCACGGAUGGUCCUGCUGUGAGUGUGACGGAGCAAGCUGGCACGGUGCCAGGCGAGUCGGUGAAGACGGAGGUGUUCCGCUCGGAGAGACCGGACGGCAGCAUCGUGACCAAGACGGUCCGCACCACGACUUGGACCAAGAAGUGUACGAAUGGCGAUCUCGUGACGACGACUGAGGUGGAAACGACGACUGAAACGGAAUCCCCGGACGGCACGACAAGCACUACGGUGGCGAUGGAGACCUGCGAUGAGACGGAGACGGAGGAGAGCAGUCAUCUGACGACGCCCGCUACGGAUGGUCCUGCUGUGAGUGUGACGGAGCAAGCUGGCACGGUGCCAGGCGAGUCGGUGAAGACGGAGGUGUUCCGCUCGGAGAGACCGGACGGCAGCAUCGUGACCAAGACGGUCCGCACCACGACUUGGACCAAGAAGUGUACGAAUGGCGAUCUCGUGACGACGACUGAGGUGGAAACGACGACUGAAACGGAAUCCCCGGACGGCACGACAAGCACUACGGUGGCGAUGGAGACCUGCGAAGAGACGGAGACGGAGGAGAGCAGUCUCCCAACGACGCCCGCCACGGAUGGUCCUGCUGUGAGUGUGACGGAGCAAGCUGGCACAGUGCCAGGCGAGUCGGUGAAGACGGAGGUGUUCCGCUCGGAGAGACCGGACGGCAGCAUCGUGACCAAGACGGUCCGCACCACGACUUGGACCAAGAAGUGUACGAAUGGCGAUCUCGUGACGACGACUGAGGUGGAAACGACGACUGAAACGGAAUCCCCGGACGGCACGACAAGCACUACGGUGGCGAUGGAGACCUGCGAAGAGACGGAGACGGAGGAGAGCAGUCUUCCAACGACGCCCGCCACGGACGGUCCUGCUGUGAGUGUGACGGAGCAAGCUGGCACGGUGCCAGGCGAGUCGGUGAAGACGGAGGUGUUCCGCUCGGAGAGACCGGACGGCAGCAUCGUGACCAAGACGGUCCGCACCACGACUUGGACCAAGAAGUGUACGAAUGGCGAUCUCGUGACGACGACUGAGGUGAAAACGACGACUGAAACGGAAUCCCCGGACGGCACGACAAGCACUACGGUGGCGAUGGAGACCUGCGAAGAGACAGAGACGGAGGAGAGCAGUCAUCCGACGACGCCCGCUACGGAUGGUCCUGCUGUGAGUGUGACGGAGCAAGCUGGCACGGUGCCAGGCGAGUCGGUGAAGACGGAGGUGUUCCGCUCGGAGAGACCGGACGGCAGCAUCGUGACCAAGACGGUCCGCACCACGACUUGGACCAAGAAGUGUACGAAUGGCGAUCUCGUGACGACGACUGAGGUGGAAACGACGACUGAAACGGAAUCCCCGGACGGCACGACAAGCACUACGGUGGCGAUGGAGACCUGCGAAGAGACGGAGACGGAGGAGAGCAGUCUCCCGACGACGCCCGCUACGGAUGGUCCUGCUGUGAGUGUGACGGAGCAAGCUGGCACGGUACCAGGCGAGUCGGUGAAGACGGAGGUGUUCCGCUCGGAGAGACCGGACGGCAGCAUCGUGACCAAGACGGUCCGCACCACGACUUGGACCAAGAAGUGUACGAAUGGCGAUCUCGUGACGACGACUGAGGUGGAAACGACGACUGAAACGGAAUCCCCGGACGGCACGACAAGCACUACGGUGGCGAUGGAGACCUGCGAAGAGACGGAGACGGAGGAGAGCAGUCUUCCAACGACGCCCGCCACGGACGGUCCUGCUGUGAGUGUGACGGAGCAAGCUGGCACGGUGCCAGGCGAGUCGGUGAAGACGGAGGUGUUCCGCUCGGAGAGACCGGACGGCAGCAUCGUGACCAAGACGGUCCGCACCACGACUUGGACCAAGAAGUGUACGAAUGGCGAUCUCGUGACGACGACUGAGGUGAAAACGACGACUGAAACGGAAUCCCCGGACGGCACGACAAGCACUACGGUGGCGAUGGAGACCUGCGAUGAGACGGAGACGGAGGAGAGCAGUCAUCUGACGACGCCCGCUACGGAUGGUCCUGCUGUGAGUGUGACGGAGCAAGCUAGCACGGUGCCAGGCGAGUCGGUGAAGACGGAGGUGUUCCGCUCGGAGAGACCGGACGGCAGCAUCGUGACCAAGACGGUCCGCACCACGACUUGGACCAAGAAGUGUACGAAUGGCGAUCUCGUGACGACGACUGAGGUGGAAACGACGACUGAAACGGAAUCCCCGGACGGCACGACAAGCACUACGGUGGCGAUGGAGACCUGCGAUGAGACGGAGACGGAGGAGAGCAGUCUCCCAACGACGCCCGCCACGGAUGGUCCUGCUGUGAGUGUGACGGAGCAAGCUGGCACAGUGCCAGGCGAGUCGGUGAAGACGGAGGUGUUCCGCUCGGAGAGACCGGACGGCAGCAUCGUGACCAAGACGGUCCGCACCACGACUUGGACCAAGAAGUGUACGAAUGGCGAUCUCGUGACGACGACUGAGGUGGAAACGACGACUGAAACGGAAUCCCCGGACGGCACGACAAGCACUACGGUGGCGAUGGAGACCUGCGAAGAGACGGAGACGGAGGAGAGCAGUCUUCCAACGACGCCCGCCACGGAUGGUCCUGCUGUGAGUGUGACGGAGCAAGCUGGCACGGUGCCAGGCGAGUCGGUGAAGACGGAGGUGUUCCGCUCGGAGAGACCGGACGGCAGCAUCGUGACCAAGACGGUCCGCACCACGACUUGGACCAAGAAGUGUACGAAUGGCGAUCUCGUGACGACGACUGAGGUGGAAACGACGACUGAAACGGAAUCCCCGGACGGCACGACAAGCACUACGGUGGCGAUGGAGACCUGCGAAGAGACGGAGACGGAGGAGAGCAGUCUCCCGACGACGCCCGCCACGGAUGGUCCUGCUGUGAGUGUGACGGAGCAAGCUGGCACGGUGCCAGGCGAGUCGGUGAAGACGGAGGUGUUCCGCUCGGAGAGACCGGACGGCAGCAUCGUGACCAAGACGGUCCGCACCACGACUUGGACCAAGAAGUGUACGAAUGGCGAUCUCGUGACGACGACUGAGGUGGAAACGACGACUGAAACGGAAUCCCCGGACGGCACGACAAGCACUACGGUGGCGAUGGAGACCUGCGAAGAGACGGAGACGGAGGAGAGCAGUCAUCCUGACGACGCCCGCUACGGAUGGUCCUGCUGUGAGUGUGACGGAGCAAGCUGGCACGGUGCCAGGCGAGUCGGUGAAGACGGAGGUGUUCCGCUCGGAGAGACCGGACGGCAGCAUCGUGACCAAGACGGUCCGCACCACGACUUGGACCAAGAAGUGUACGAAUGGCGAUCUCGUGACGACGACUGA